CCGCCCGCCCGCGCCGUCCUUUGUGUGGCGGCGGCGGCGCCUGGGCCUGACCGGGUCCCCGGGGCUAAGCGCCCGGCUCCGCGCCGCCCCUCCCGCGCCCCUGCCAGGCGCGCGCCUAUCCUCUCCGAGCAAGAUGGCAACCCCGGCGGCGGUCAACCCUCCGGAAAUGGCUUCAGACAUACCUGGAUCUGUGACAUUGCCCGUUGCCCCCAUGGCGGCUACCGGACAGGUGAGGAUGGCGGGGGCCAUGCCUGCCCGUGGAGGAAAGCGGCGUUCUGGAAUGGACUUCGAUGAUGAAGAUGGUGAAGGCCCCAGUAAAUUUUCAAGAGAGAAUCAUAGUGAAAUUGAAAGGCGCAGACGGAACAAGAUGACUCAGUAUAUCACGGAGCUCUCCGACAUGGUCCCCACGUGCAGCGCAUUGGCUCGGAAGCCAGACAAGCUCACCAUCCUCCGCAUGGCCGUCUCACACAUGAAGUCCAUGAGGGGUACAGGGAACAAGUCCACCGAUGGCGCCUACAAGCCUUCCUUCCUCACAGAGCAGGAACUGAAGCAUCUCAUCCUUGAAGCAGCAGAUGGAUUUCUGUUUGUGGUGGCUGCUGAGACAGGGCGAGUGAUUUAUGUGUCUGACUCCGUCACCCCUGUUCUGAACCAGCCCCAGUCAGAAUGGUUUGGGAGCACACUGUAUGAACAGGUGCAUCCUGAUGACGUGGAGAAGCUGAGAGAGCAACUGUGCACCUCAGAAAACUCAAUGACAGGCCGGAUCUUGGACCUGAAGACUGGGACGGUCAAGAAAGAAGGGCAGCAGUCAUCCAUGAGGAUGUGCAUGGGCUCGCGACGGUCUUUCAUCUGCAGGAUGAGGUGUGGAAAUGCUCCUUUGGACCACCUUCCUCUAAACAGAAUAACCACCAUGAGGAAAAGGUUCAGGAAUGGUCUUGGCCCUGUGAAAGAAGGAGAAGCCCAAUAUGCUGUGGUCCACUGCACAGGAUACAUCAAGGCCUGGCCACCAGCAGGAAUGACCAUACCUGAAGAAGACGCUGAUGUGGGACAAGGCAGUAAAUAUUGCCUCGUGGCAAUUGGGAGACUCCAGGUGACCAGCUCUCCUGUAUGCAUGGACAUGAAUGGGAUGUCAGUGCCCACAGAGUUCUUAUCCCGGCAUAACUCUGAUGGAAUCAUCACAUUUGUGGAUCCAAGAUGUAUCAGUGUGAUUGGCUACCAACCCCAGGAUCUUCUGGGAAAGGACAUUUUGGAAUUCUGCCACCCUGAGGAUCAGAGCCAUCUGCGUGAGAGCUUCCAGCAGGUGGUUAAGCUGAAAGGCCAAGUACUGUCGGUCAUGUAUCGAUUUCGCACCAAGAACCGGGAGUGGAUGUUGAUCCGCACCAGCAGCUUCACAUUCCAGAAUCCCUAUUCUGAUGAGAUUGAGUACAUCAUCUGCACCAACACCAACGUCAAGCAACUUCAGCAACAGCAGGCAGAAUUAGAAGUGCACCAGAGAGAUGGAUUGUCAUCAUACGACUUAUCCCAGGUCCCCGUCCCCAACCUACCAGCUGGUGUUCAUGAGGCCGGGAAGUCCGUGGAAAAGGCGGAUGCAAUCUUCUCCCAGGAAAGAGAUCCUCGGUUUGCUGAAAUGUUUGCAGGAAUCAGUGCAUCGGAGAAGAAGAUGAUGAGCUCAGCCUCUGCAGCAGGAACCCAGCAGAUCUACUCCCAAGGAAGCCCAUUUCCCUCCGGACACUCCGGGAAGGCCUUCAGCUCUUCAGUGGUUCAUGUGCCUGGAGUGAAUGACAUUCAGUCCUCCUCUUCCACCGGCCAGAACAUGUCCCAAAUCUCCCGGCAGCUAAACCAGAGUCAGGUGGCGUGGACAGGGAGUCGUCCGCCCUUUCCGGGACAGCAAAUCCCAUCUCAGUCCAGCAAGACUCAGUCAUCUCCCUUUGGGAUUGGAACGAGCCACACCUACCCGGCAGACCCCUCUUCCUACAGCCCCCUCUCCAGCCCAGCUACCUCCUCACCAAGCGGGAAUGCCUACUCCAGCCUUGCCAACAGGACUCCAGGGUUCGCUGAAAGUGGACAAAGUAGCGGGCAGUUCCAAGGGCGGCCCUCAGAAGUCUGGUCGCAGUGGCAAAGCCAGCACCAUGGCCAGCAGAGCGGUGAGCAGCACUCCCACCAGCAGCCCGGUCAGACUGAAGUGUUCCAGGACAUGCUGCCCAUGCCAGGAGAUCCAAGCCAGGGGACUGGCAACUAUAACAUCGAAGACUUUGCCGACCUGGGCAUGUUUCCACCGUUUUCUGAGUAGCUGUGGGCAGAGCAAGGCUCCUGUUGUACAGUGCCACCCAUACUGUGAUGUCGACGCCCGUGUGAACAAGGCUCACCCUCACCUUGCUUGCCCUGCCGCGGGCCCCCCAAACCAGAAGCCAUCUCCCCCGCUGUGUGUCCCCAGACGCGUCAUUGCUCCACUCUCCCCUGCAGCCGUGGCUGCUCGGCCACUGACCAGGGGCCCUGGCAGACAUUAGGGGAUCAGUUGUAUUUAUUGUAUUUUAUCUGUGUGUGCUCAGGAGGUGAGCCUAGUGGGUCCUUAAAUUUGGUUGUGAAUAAUCUCUUAAUAGACAAUGUAUACCCAUGAAAGUUCAGCUGGUGCCCAGAGUGACCAAGCAGCACCAGUAGGCCUGCCCAGGAUGCUGAAAGCAGAUUUCUUCUUGUUUUUCCCUUCUGAUGGAUGCGUGGGGCUCUGGGGAAAUGCUGGAAAAAUAGGCAAGCAGAGUGCACAGCCCUUGUUCCGCCAGCUGGAACCAAGAAGCACAGAGACACAGAGGCAUCUGCCCCUCAGCUCCACUGGUCUAUCUGUGCAUCCAUCACGCCAUGGGACAUAUGUAAUUUGUGCUGUGUGACAUGAACUUGCUGUCCUGAUGGAUGUGUUGUGCCUUGUGUCUGUCAUGUGUGGCCAGUGUGAGUGUAUAGAAUCCAGAGUAUGUAGAGAGCCAAAAUGUGUGGCCCUGUCCCCAAGCUCAGCAGCGCCGGCCAUGACCAGAGGAUGCUCGGCCCAGGGUCUGGGAGCUGGGCUAACAGGCUGGCACUUCAGCAGGGUCACCGGGAGGCACAGCUAGGGGUGUGCUCACAUGGGUAGGUCAGUUCUUUGGUCCAAGCCCCUGGUGCAGAUUCAAGCUCCUCCUCUUAGAGGAAGCACCCCCUUCCUCUCGCAGGAGCCCCAUGGGAGCACUCACCCUCCUCCCAAUUGGAUCUGAACAGCUGUGUUCCUGGUCCCACAUAAGCAUGUCUCAUCCUUGCCCCACUGGUGAGAGGAAGACCUUGUGGCUGCCCAGAGCCUGUAGGAUAGCAUGCCUUGAGGUCAGAGGCCAGUCCCUUCUCUACAGAUGUAGACAGCAGGGUAGGAUGUCCAGGUGUCCUCACAUGGGCACCGUGAAACACUUUCCUCCAGGCCACCUGAGCCUUUGUUCUUCAGCCUGACUGGAGGAACAGCAGCUCUGGGAGGCACAGAGUGCAGUUCUCAGGGGCAGAAGACUUGGGUUCCAGUUCUGGUUCUGCCACAUAUUUCUCUGGUGGUCUCAAGACAGGAACAAGAGCUGACUCUAGAAGCUUCUGCCUGGCUGACCUCUGAGCCCAUGAUCCCUGGCUUGCUUUGCUUCUCUUGGAUUUGAAGAGAAUGUGAGAAUCCAUCCCGGUGUUUUCAGGGACCUCUGCCUUCUCCCACACCCCUUACACUAGUAAGGACUCCUUCAGCCUCUUGUGUUUUCUUCCUUUUGUGACCAUUAUGCCCCCUCCCUGUUUCUCAUGACCAGCCCAUUAGCCCACUGAUUCCCAUAUGGUAGAAAAGGUACUGUGCCUGCCGCAGGGCAGGUGAAGGGAUCCACCCUCUGGGAAAGCCCUUAUGUUCCUCCCAGAGUCCUUCAGGUAGCUCCUCGCAGAUGCUGGUUGGUAGUGCAAAUACUCAGAAACAACCUGUGCAUCCCUACCCAUGGAUUCUGCAGGACCAGGAAGAGUGGCAUUGGUUCUAGAAACCUGAGAAUGGAGUGAACCCAGCUUGCAGGAAGGAGUUUGGAGCGAGUAUUUGCUGUGAUCCAUUGAAAGCUCCACAUUAAACCCCAGCCCUGUCUGGCCAGGGAGGUCCGUGUGCUCAGUGUUGCUGGGGAAUCUACAAAAGUUAAACACUGCUCAGUAAAACGCCUUUGACUGGUCAUCAGCUGUGCAUGACUGCAGUUCCUAGACUCUAAAUUAAUCCCAGCUUUGCAGUUUCUAGAGCUUUUGUCCGUAAUGGUGAUUGGGUCUCCAUUGUAGAUGCAUGCAGUGUUCACUCCAACCUCACAGGCUUUCUUACUUCUGGGAAAUGGCAGAUGGUUGAAACCCAGCACAUCUUCCCAGGGCCAGCCCCAGAAUGGGCCUUUCUCUGCCUGCCCUGCCCUUGGGGCCACCUCUGCCUCUAACAGCCUUGAGCUUGCCCCAGGCCAUAGGCAUAAUUAUCUCCCCCCAAAAAAGGCACAAAAAUAGGUUUAGGAUCAAAGAAGUGUUUCUCAGUGAAAUGAAAACAGACUUUUUAUAGCCUUUAGCUUGUGGGUUUGGAAGUUUGGGGGUCUUAUGUUUGUUUUUGCCUUCCGUUUCUUGGAGGAGAGUUGGGGGUUUUUCUUAGGUGCAUACACAGACCCAGGUGAACACUUCGUCUGAACUACUAGACUUUCAACUGACUUUCCUUAGGCCAGACAAGCAGACAGCUUCCUACAGAAGAGGUCUGUACAGUGACAACCCGGGCCACAGCAAAGACACAGAUGCAGCCACAGUGAGGCUCCAUCAGGACUGGGUCAGUGAUGGCAACAGGAUGGCCAAGGAUGGCUCUAGAACACUCUGCCCAUGCGUCACUCCCCCAGUUUUAUUUUUAGCUUUGGCUUCAGGGAGUGACAGCCAUCACAAAUAGCCAUAUUCUGCUCUACUCUCCAACAUACCAAAUUCUACACUGUUGUUAUUUCAUGAGAAGUGAAUAUUGCAGAUUGGUGGGAUUCUGGUUGUUAAGGAACUUACACUGGGGAGCUUUACUCUUCUGUGUCAAUAACGUGACUACGUGUUCUCCAGAUUAGCCACACGUGCAAACAUCAGUGUCCUUCUAGCUUUAGCCAAGAGAGAAACCAGUCCCAGGGAAUGAAUGGUGGUCUCCCCACUCCCGGCAGCACUUUGGGCAGCCCAUAAGCUAUGCGAGAACGUGAACACUCACCUCUCUGGGCUCACCUUGCUCCGUCACGGUUCUCACCUGCCACAUAAACAGGAAGAAGCCAGUGACCGGAACAGCUCUAGCCAAUAACAAGUCAGAAUAGAAAUGUUCUUUAUAUUACCAGAAUACAUGGGCUUGGCCUAAGUUGCUGUGUCCUAACCUGCCAGGGGUCAUUCCCCACCAAACCCCCUGUACUAAGGAGCCAUGAGCCUUUUGGACAUUCACCUUUUCCUUGACCGUCUGGAGUCUGGGGCAACUUAAGGAGGCACUACACAGUGGUGUAGGCACAUUUCCACACGUUGGUGUCCCUGGCUUUUGUGGCCAAAGCUGGUGUUAUGGUCAACAACGGGCCAGGGCCUGCGGGGCACUGACUUUGAAAGUGGCAAAAUGGAGUUUUCACAGGCUGUGCGGGAACAGGACAGCUCGCUUUAUCUUAACAAUCUGUUUCCUUUAAAAAAAAAAAGAAAAGAAAAGACAGAAAAAUAUUUCAUAAGCUGGUAUCAGUGGACAGUUUAAGCACUUAACCAUUUCUCUUUCUUCUUAUGGAUGUGAACUGUGCUGUGGAUAAAUCAUUUGUAUUUCUUAAAUGUUCUCUAUGAUUAACAGUUAUUAAGUCGGUUGUGUAUAUGUGUAACUAAUGUAACUGCCUUUUAAAAUUUCAUUACAAUAAAAAUGACUUUGCUCUGAACAA